AUGGUACCGCCUGCCAAGGCUCCUGCGGCCUUCUCUCCCCUCAAGUCCGAUGAUUGUUUCGCUAUGGCGUUGGAACUAGAUAUCCCUUGCACCCCCACCUCUGACGUUGAACAUACAAAGACGGCUACGGUACGAGCCUACUAUACACCGCCCAAAGGUGGCUUAUCGCAUGACAAGACCGUGUUUGUGUGCCACCAUGGCGCUGGCUUCGGCGCGUUAUCGUAUGCCCUCAUGGCCCGCCAUAUCACUGAGUUGACGCAAGGAUCAGUAGGUAUACUGGCUUACGACUGCCGUGGACAUGGUCGAUCGAAGUUUCCGUCAGACAUCGUGCGUGACAUGUCACGCGAAGCGCUUUCGCGUGACUUGGUCACGGUUCUGCUAACCAUGUUCCCUGAGGAAGCCACCCGGCCUGCCUUCAUUUUAGUCGGGCAUUCUAUGGGCGGUGCGAUCGUGGUCGAUGCAGCCCAUGCACUUGAGAGCCAUCUUGAUGUGCAUGUGAAUGGUGUGGUGAUGAUUGAUAUUGUAGAAGGCACAUCAUUACGACUCUUGCCUGAUAUGGGCGUGCUGGUGCGACAACGACCGGAAGGUUUUUCUACGCUUGAAUCUGCUAUUCAAUGGCAUGUACGCUCACGCACCAUUCAUAAUGCGGACAGUGCACGACGCAGUGUUCCCUCUCUUGUGCAUGAGGUACGUGGGCACAGUGCAUUUCCAUGGCGCUGGAAUGCCGAUUUAAUCGCUACGGAGCCAUUUUGGCAUGGAUGGUUUACAGACCUAUCGUCGCGCUUCUUGUCCUGCCGUGCCGCUCGACUUCUAAUUCUGGCCGAGACUGACAAUCUCGACCAACCCCUGAUGAUUGGCCAAAUGCAAGGCAAGUACCAACUCGUAGUGAGUCCCCAUGCGGGCCACUGUGUCCAGGAGGAUAUGCCGUAUUCCACUGCCGAGACGCUGGUCCAGUUCUGGAAACGCAACGAUCGACUGCCGCCAGGCUUGCGGCGCGUCGGACAGUCGUAG